AGAGACAGAAACCGGCACCGCAUUCCGGAUAUAAAUCAGUGAAAUUUGCUUGAUAAAAAUGAGUUUUUUAAAGCUGCGUAGGAUAAAUCGAUUUCCCUUGUGACGACGAGAGUUUUUUUGGAUACGCUCUGACAGUUUUGGGGCUUAUUCUCGGGAGUCAGAGGUUGUUCUACAUACCAUUUUCCACCCAGUAUGGACAAGACCCAUCUUUCGAGCACUAAUGACAUCAUAAUGACAAGCUCCACAGGCCCCUAUCAGCAAGAACCCCUGACACCACCCAGAUCCGCCCAUCUCCACUCCUCGUCUUCCUCCUUAUCCUCUCCCUCGCCGUCCUCUUCCUCUCCACCCAUGAAGCCAAACCAAGUUGGCCAGGUCAUCCUGUACGGCGUUCCCAUCGUAUCGCUGGUCAUUGAUCACAACGAGAGACUUUGCCUGGCUCAGAUUUCCAACACACUCCUGAAGAACUACAGUUAUAAUGAGAUUCACAAUCGCCGCGUGGCGCUGGGCAUCACCUGCGUCCAGUGCACUCCGGUUCAGCUGGAGAUCCUCCGUCGGGCCGGUGCCAUGCCCAUCUCAUCGCGCCGUUGUGGUAUGAUCACCAAGCGCGAAGCCGAGCGCCUCUGCAAGUCCUUCCUGGGAGAGAACGCACCGCCGAAACUGCCCGACAACUUCGCCUUCGAUGUGACACACGAGUGCGCCUGGGGUUGCCGAGGUAACUUCAUCCCGGCACGCUACAACAGCUCCAGGGCAAAAUGCAUCAAGUGCUCACUUUGCAACAUGUACUUCUCCCCAAAUAAGUUCAUUUUCCAUUCCCACCGCACGCCGGACGCCAAGUACACCCAGCCGGACGCCGCCAACUUCAACUCCUGGCGUCGACACCUCAAACUCUCUGACAAAAUCCCGGCCGAUGAGUUAGUCUUCGCAUGGGAAGACGUCAAAGCUAUGUUCAACGGAGGGAGCCGGAAGAGAGCGCUGCCGUCUUCGUCCCAUUGUUCCUCCAUGGGUCCCAUGAAGAGUCACCCGGGUUCCGUUCACAUGAUGGGGUCUGACCUGGGCGCUCAGAAGAGAUCCCGCUUUGACGACGAUGAUGAUCUGGAAGGAGACAAUCUGUCUCCCCGUAAGACGACACGUAGCUACCCUGUCAUCCCCGUCCCGAGCAAAGGCUUCGGCAUGCUGCAGAAGUUCCCUCCCACGUCGCUCUUCCCCUCGCCUUACCCCUUCCCAGCAUUCGGCCUCUGCCAGCAGAAGAAAGAUGACAGUGAUGUUUCAGGGGGGCAGAAAGGAGCAGGAUUGUCGGGUCUGCUGUGGCCCGGCCGCAAAGACACUUUUUAUCCUCCUUUCUGCAUGUUCUGGCCACCAAGAGCGGCGGGAGGAAUUCCUGUCCCUACCUACCUCCAGCCUCAGCCCAGUGCCCUUUCCUCCCUGGCAGACAACCCCUCUCUCAGGCAGGCCUUUUUGGAUCUCUCAGACCCCAGCGAGCCUGGAGCAGUAGCUGGAAACGGAAAUAGUGUGAGCUCAACCAUGGCUCCUGGCAGCGGGACUACCACAGCCAGACCCGGGCUGUUUGACCCAGAGUGCUCAACAGUAACCCCUGACCUCCGCCCUGUGACAUCAGAGGGCUGGCUCAAACUCCUGGACACCCCAGCCCUCCAAAGCAGGAAGCCCAGCUACGGCUCAGCCUUCAGGCCCGUCAUUAAGGACGCAGAGAGCAUCGCUAAGCUCCACAGCAACGGGGCGACAGAUGAGGACUUUGGGGUGGUAGUGACCAGGUCUGACCGCCACCAGCGGCUCUCGCCCAGCAGCAGCUGUAGUUACGGAAGUGAAAGUGGAGGCGAUGUAGAGGCGGAGGGAGCGGAGAGUGAGGAGGAGGGGGAAGUGGAUGUGGAGUCGUCAAAGCAGGAAGACGAGGAGGAGGAAGGGGGCUUCACAAACAGGCUGCCACAGACUCAAACCAACCUGUACCACUCUGCGUUAAGCGACAGCCACGGAGAGGAAAGGGGGAAGGAGAGAGGGAGCGGGGCUGUGUACACCAGCACCUCCCCUCCCUCCUCCUCGGACCCCAUUCGGCAGGGGUCCCCCAGCCUGCCUGCCUCCCCUUCAGCCAGCCUGCCUCUCUCCGGUUCCACCCCACCUCACCGAGACGACCCUGCUUACAAAAACGUUCACAAAAAUAGAGAUGAAGGACUCCCUGUGUACGCAACCAAAGACAACUCCAGCAUCUCCGAUGAAAACAAAGAGCAGAAUAGUUUCUUUGUACCAGAGAGCGAGACAGCUGCGCCCGACUACUGGAGGGAAAGUUCAGGUGACCGAAGCCGAGGUGCUGCCUCUCCUGUGGUGCUGAAGAAGGACGUGGAGAACAUGGAGAAAGAGGAGCUCCAGAAGGUUCUGCUGGAGCAGAUCGACUUCAGGAGGAGACUGGAGCAAGAGUUUCACGCUCUGAAGGGCACCUCACCAUUUCCUGUCUUCCAUAAUUUCCAAGACCAGAUGAAGAGAGAGCUCGCCUACAGAGAAGAGAUGGUCCAACAGUUACAGAUGAUUCCCUACGCAAACAUCAUCAGAAAAGAAAAGAUCAGCUCCCAUCUCAACAAAUAGCUAAAAGGCAGAAUCAUCUAUGAGAGGAAGACACUGCCUGGAUCUCUGUGAAUGUCCCAAGAAGAAAGAAAACAGAGAAAUAUACGGGAGAGACCCAAACAGAAUAUGACUCAGUAUAGUAUAUAAAUACAUUUCAAGUUCUACUGGACAGUUUCUUUUUCCUGCCUUUGUUAUUAGCCCUGCACUUAAACUCCGUUCAGUAAAAACACAUUAGAAGUAGCAGGCUGGUAAAAGCUUCAUCCCCUGUCUCCUUUUCCCUGGCUCCAGUUUAUUUCCCAUACUGACUGAACUAAAAUGGGCACAAACUGACGGAAAAAGGGAAAAUCCAAGCUUUACCCAACCCGGACCAAAGCAACCACAACCCAUCUCCUCUUUUGUGAGUUUUAGAGCUGUGAAAAAAAAGAACUGUGAACUUUUCCAAGCUCUGAAAGACGACGAGGAGUCAUAGCAACAGUAAGACUGUGUGUCCAUAACUGUACAUACAAGAGACGGUGGACAAGGACGGACUUCUCACUGAGAGUGAUGUGAUCAAAUUGGGUCGAUUGAGAGGAAAACACAAGUCAUUUGCAACAUUUGGUCCCAAAGGGAUUCUCCUCGUCAUAUCCAGUUGUGUUUAUUGACCUAAACAUACGUCUUACAAUUCCCCGAAUUAUCAGCAUGUCCCUGAAGAGGUCAGAUGUUGGUGGUGAUUUAAUGCACCCACCUUUACUCUGUUAGAUAUGACUAACUUUAAUAUGCCAGAUGAAGAACAAAAUAAAGGGAGAAAAUGAAACAAGUGUUUUGGGGUUUCAAACCUAAAGAGAGAGCAGUAUUAAUAAAGGGCAGUAUCACAUAACGCUUGAAAGGGUAUUUGGGAGGGAUUUCUGAAUUUUCAAUGCUGACAUGUUUGACCUUUUAUGUAGACAGGAAGUUAGCUCAAAACAACAUCCUGUGUCACAUCCACAGCUCAAAUUUAAAAAAAAGCAGCCUUUAAAUGUUUUUUUUAAUAACUAAAGAAUCCAUAGCUCAAAAUGAACCCUGAAGGUACUUUACCCCCUCCAACCAAAUGUUUAAAACAUCAGUCCACAGGCAAGGUAACAUUGCCACCAUCAGCUGAAUUAUGGGGUGUUGUCAGAUGGUUAAAACGACAUUUAAAGGCCAAUUCCUGUUUUCUUGUUUGCUCUCCAAAUUAGUAUCCUGAGGAGCAAAAGGCUGACGUUUGUCAGUGUUGUACAUCUACCUGUAAAUGAUUUUACCUGACUGUAUAAAACGUCAAAGUGAGAAUACUGAACCUCACAGUCAGCCUAUCUAUAUGUGUUUGUUUGUUUAUUUAUUUGAGUACCGGGCAUAAGACCCUGAUUGUGAACAUAUUAUUUAUUAUAAUGUCAAAAAGACAGAAACGUGUUGAUGAUGAUCAAGUGUGUGUCACUGGGACAACAAAUGAGAACUCCCCCACCUUGUUUAUAGAAUGCAAUGAAUGAAUGGAUAAAGUUGUCAUUUACUGAGAGAAAUGUAAUCAUUAUAAACUGUUGAUGCAGAUGUAUUAAAAUAUGUUCUUGU